AUAAGUGUGGGCUGGUCUUUGUCAAGGUAUCAAAAAACUGAGAGGUGCAAAGACCCCAGGCUCUCAGACCAGCCAUCUACAAUACUAGUAAUGACUAUGAAAUUAAGAGUCUUCUGUCUUGUCCCCCUUCUUCUAGCCAGCUAUGUGCAAACAACCCCCAAGCCGGAAAAGAUGAAGAUGAAUUGCUACAAAGAUGUGAAAGGCACCAUCUAUGACUACGAGGCUCUCGCUAUUAAUGGGAAGGAACGCAUUAAAUUCAAGCAGUAUGCAGGCAAGCACGUCCUCUUUGUCAACGUGGCUACCUAUUGUAGUCUGACAAUUCAGUACCCAGAACUGAAUGCACUCCAGGAGGAGUUGAAGCCAUUAGGCUUGGUUGUGUUGGGCUUUCCCUGCAACCAGUUUGGAAAGCAAGAACCAGGAGAAAACUUAGAGAUUCUUCCUGGGCUCAAAUAUGUUCGUCCAGGAGGAGGAUAUUUACCUAAUUUCCAGCUUUUUGCGAAAGGGGAUGUAAAUGGUGAAAAAGAACAGAAAAUCUUCACCUUCUUGAAGCACUCCUGCCCUCACCCCUCAGAGGUUGUGGUCUCAAACAAACAUAUCUACUGGGAGCCGAUAAAAGUUCAUGACAUUCGAUGGAACUUCGAGAAGUUCCUGGUGGGACCCAAUGGAGUCCCUGUCAUGCGCUGGUUACACCAAGCUCCUGUCAGCACUGUCAAGGCUGAUAUCCUGGCAUACCUGAAGCAGUUCAAAACCAAGUAG